CACUAUUUUCUACGACGAUUUCCCUUGCCUUCGAAGCUCAGACAACCCGUUUAUUUCCAAGUUCUGACCGCAAUGAGCAUGUAAGAAGUGUGCGGCUAUCAAAGUUUGGACGCGUUUCUUCGCUUUAACUCGAAUCCAGGAUUACCGCUGCAGUUGCGGUCAUUGAAAGGUGACACUAAUCUUGGACUGUCCUCAGCCAUCGAAGUUCGAUGACUUGUGCCAUGGCAAUGCAUUACGUUGAAUACCAUCCCACAGGAACCCUUCCACAGCAAGCCACAUGCACCGAAACGUAUCUUGCUGUUCUGGUUUUCAUGUUCUCCAUUUCAACGACCUAUUGGAUCCUAUCUUUGUAUCAAGACCUGAAUCUCAUUACCACUUCAUUCGUGCAUGUCAUCCCUAUGGAUGAGACAGUUCUCAUCCAUUCCCAAAAUGAACAAGACGUGAUGAACACUCUUGUCCUCCUGAAUCAUGUGCUAACCAACGGUGUCGUCGUUUGGCGGGCUUGGGUACUCUGUCGAGACGAGUAUAGCAAAAGUUUGAUCCUUCCUCUCGUGUUCUUAUGCUUGACUCUGUCGUCCCUCUUGGCUACAAUCGGACUGCGUGUCACCAUAAUUGUUGUUCCCGACAUUCAGCAUACCAUCAUGACCUUACAUUAAUAAGAUCUGAUCUGUUAUCUGUAUUAGGCGUCAUAGACAUUGGGUUACAUCCAAAUUCCAGAUGAGGAGGACAAAAACAACCUUAGCAGAACGAGUUCUCACUUUGCUUGUCGAGUCCGGGAUCAUUUACUGCCUUUCUGCAGUAUGUAACCGUUCGAACGAUUUUUAUCACAGCGGAUCCUCAGUU